AUGGAGGAUCUCCAGCAAUCCACGCCAACGCCUGACAGAGAAGCCAGUCCGUUAUUCGAGCCUGAGCUACCGAAAACAAUAGUGCAGCAUGUUACCGCCAUGGAGACUAUCGAGAAGGAGCCAGAGGUCAUACCCAUACCUGGCACUCCUGUCCAGGAACGAAUGCCGACGCCGCCAUCACCAGUCCUAGUGGCAGUUGUCGACCAAAUGCCAAUACUGCCCUCGCCCGUGAUCACGAUUGAGAAGGUCGACACAGCUGAGGAGGAAUUGACUCCGCAUUUUGUGCAGAAGCUCAAAGACAUCGAGGAUGUGGCCAGAGCUCAGAUGGCGGGAUGGGAUCCCAAGUAUCAAGGCCAACCCAUCGAAAAGGGCUCAGCUUCUGCAGGUGCGGGCAUGAAGCGCAAAGCUUCAGAAAUGGACACCGACUCGAGUGAUGAGGGCGAUGAUGCAGAUAGCGAAGACGGUGGCGACGAGGUUCAGCCAUUUGAUCCAAACUCACUGGAUCGUCCGAAGCUGCCAAUUUAUCACCCGGGGUUCAGCCUGACCGAAAACAUCGCCCUUCAUACUCUGCAAGUCUUUACAGACUUUAUCAAGGUGACCAAAAGCAACGGGUACAACGAUGACGAGGUAACGUACCUCUGGAACGAAAUCAUGAGAAGCACCAAGAUUCCUUAUCGGGACGCUGUCAAGUUGGCUGUUGCAGGUGAGACUGGUGCUGGUAAAUCGGCAUUGCUGAAUGCCAUUCUCGGCGUUCUCAACCUGACUAUCGAGAGUGAUGGAGGCGGAGCUUGCACUUGCGUCAUCACCGAGUUCCGUCAAAGUCCUUCCACUCAAACCGCUCCUUUCGCCGCUGAAGUACAGUUCUAUUGCCUGGAAAUGUGCCGAAAGCUGGUCACCGAUCUUUUCAAACAAUGGUUCACUGUGAAACAGAAGCAAUCCCAGAACCCUGAUGACGUGGACGACGAAGAGCUGAGCCAGAUGGCCACUGCUCGAGACUGUCUCAAUCAACUCUUCGCAGAUCGCCUCGGAUUCGAUAGCGUGGAGAACUUCAUGAGCACCGCUGCAUCUGUGAACGAUCGAAAAGUUGUCAAGCAAUUGAUGACCUGGACGACGGAAAUACACCGGAUGUUCAUCGAGGAUGGCGAGACUUCUGUACACUUCACUUCUUCAACCCCUGAAGAACUCACUGAAAUGUACCAUCCCUUCACACGGGAGUGCCAGAAUGCCAGCUUCCGAGAUCGACCGUUGAGAUUCACACCCUGGCCAUUGGUACAGAUAGUACGCGUAACCCUCAGCUCGCCCAUCUUGAAGCAGAAUGUUAUCAUCGCAGAUGUCCCUGGCGGCUCUGACGUUAACUAUUUCCGGAUUGACAACGCGUCUCGCUACUUACAACAGUGCGACAUGACCGUUGUUGUCGGCAAGAUUGACCGUCUGCAAGACAACGUCGGCUUCCGCCAGCAGUACAUGGAUGCAUUCCGACGAAGACGCAGUGGAAGCGUCAUCUUGGUUGCUACACGUUCUGAUGACCUCAACGACGAGGGCGGUUCAACGCUAGUCAUGGACACUACUGCCGAAGAACAGCUGGCCCUCAUAACUUCGAAGAUUACGAACGUCGAGACGAAGCUCAAAGUCAUUGGGAAUGACAUGGAGCGCUACAGAAUCAACAACAAUAAGAAAACGAAGAAAGUCUUGAGAGCCCAGAGGAAGAAACUGCUCUCGCGGAAGAUCGCUCUUGAGAAAGAGCGCAAGGAAGUACGCAUCGCAUGUCGCAGCAAGCAGGUCGCUCGAGUCAUCACCCAAAACUACCGUGCAGAUACAGGCGAUGAAGCCAACGUACCCGUGUUCUGUGUAUCCAAUCGGAUGUUCAUGCGACACCUGCGCGGAUACGACAAAGACAGCUCAGAAACCGUGCCAACUAUGUCUAUCGAUGAAACUCAGAUACCAGCAUUGUGCUCGCACAUCUAUUCUCUGCCAUCCAGAGGAAGAACCGCUAGCCUAGACCAUUUCAUCAAAGUCUCCAUGCAGACAUUGUUGAGCGUGAUCCAGAUGUCCUGUAGUACAACCACCAUGGCCAGGGUCAAGCAUUUGACAGCAGUUGUUAGCGACUCUCGCGGAAACAUAUCAACUAAGAUCGACGCAUUGGCCACUGCUUUCAAGACGACGGACAUUAAGGCUAUUGAGGAUGAGCUCGCCGAUCAUACUGUGCAGACUCGAUUUGACAAGCAUGCCAUCAGAUGUCUCAACAAAUGGGAAAAUUUGGUAUGUCGUGUAUACGUGCAGAAGAAAAAGAAUCUGUUUAUGAACUGGAACGAGGAAUUGAUGUCUUCGGUACGGCCUAUUAUCGACCAAGCCUUCCGAAGUCUGCUUGACAAGUCCGUGGAAAAUUUCAAGGCAGAGGCAGCUCAAACCAUAAAGGAAGCGCUACGAGACCUCAACCAUGUCCUAAAGAAUGACCCCACGGCUCUGGCUUGUGAUGCCUACAAGACCUGCUUUUCGGACAACCUCAAACGGUAUGAGCUUGAGUUUACUCGUCUUGUCGACGUUGCAGCCAAAGACCUGAACAAUCGGCUUAUCAAAAUCCACCUGAACGCCUACAAGCUCAGGCCCGACGAUUACUUCCCCGAGGCGAUGAAAAGCUUCUACUCGAAAGCCUUCAAGACGCCCAAAACUGCGCCAGGUACCAAAACCAUGUUCGAGUCUCGCUGCGCCUACCUCAAGGAAGCGAUCCCUGGUCCCGAAGGUCCCUACUCAUUUCUAUCCGGCUGGGUUGAGGAGGAUGCCUCGAAGGUCAUGGACGAAGUGAGCGAGACUCUCCGGACCAAUGUCGACAAUGUCCUCAAGCAGGUACACAACGCAUUCGAGUACAUGAAGAAGAGGAAGGAGAACGACUCACCACUGGGCAAGAAGUUCCGAACUGAGCUUCACCAGCUGGUCGCAGAGGCCAAGCGGAUCAUGGAAGAGGUGGCGCAAGACAGCCUGGAACUGUGCAAGCAGUACAAGUGA